GCCCUGGUGGAGAUUUUAACCAACAAGGAGCAAUCGCCAUUUGGUACCCAGAGACUCAAUGAAUUUCUGGAGAAGAAACAGGAGGAAAUGGAUUUUGUCAAUUCCUACCUGGCUGAGCUAGUGGAGGUGGAAGUCGUAUCCUCCAGGAGUGAGCUACAACACAUAGUUCUCAGCCCCAGGCAUGAGUUUGUUGUGUCUCUUUCAUUCACUUCAUUGCACAAUGAGGAAUCCUAUUUAUCAGAAUUGAACCUUUGGCUGCGGAGACAAUUUAUGAAGAACAUUCAUGUUCCAGCAUUAGCCAGUUCUGCCUGUGAGACACCAAAAUCCAAACAGUGGUUUGAGGAUGAAGAGAUAAGAAGAAAAGCACGACAAGCCGUAAAGUCCUUCUCCGGCUUUGCCCGUGUCAAUAAAUCUAACGGGAAGACUCGGUUUAUUGUGGCAUCUGUUCCAAACAAGGACAAUCCAGGGGCUUCGAUUUACCUGUAUGCAGAUGGAGAGCUGGUCAGCACCAACUUUGAGCCUCCAUCAAAGCCUCUUCCUCCCCUGAUUGGUGGAAUCAGACAUGACCGUGUGCAGCUCACGUUUAACCCAGCAGCCUAUGGCAGGGCUGCGAUAUCCGGCUAUCGGGCAGAGUACAGAAUUGUAGGGCAGGAGAACUGGACGGCUGUGACUGUAAAUAACACACAUGGGACGUUCACAGUAACAGGGCUACGUGCAAAGACCGAGUACCAGUUCCGAUACGCUGCCGUGAGCAAAUCAGGGCUCAGCGAGAGCAGCGACGUGAGUGAUCCUGUGAAGACUCUUCCCCCUACCAGCCCACCUGGGAAGCCCGUUACAGUUAUUGGAGGUUCAUCUGCCAUCACCCUCACCUGGGAGAGUCCAAGUGUCACUGGAGAUGGAGUCAGUAUAAGGGAGUAUAAGGUGGAAUAUAAAGAGAAAACAGGAAAUAUGAGUCAGGAGGGGAAAGACAAAUGGCUGGAACGAAGGUCAGGAAGGAGAACUGAAUCUUUUAAUGUUAAAGGACUGAGGCCUGAGACGCCCUACAGAUUCCGAGUGUCGGCUGUGUGUGCGGAUGGGGCUGUGAGUGACCCAAGUGAGGAGACUCUGAUUUCAACGCUAAAGGAAG